CGUGAAAGUUGACAAUGACACUUUGGUUCCUUUUGGUGGUGAUAGAGAAAACCUAACAGUGUUGCUCCUAUAAUAUUUCUCUACUAACCGUAUCCGCAAGACAUCGUGACUAUUCCUUGGUCGGCUAUACUGAGGUUUUGAGAAACUAAGUAUGGGAAUCUUCUUUUUAUACUAGUCAAAGUGCUAGUAACCAACCCGUGCCAAGUUGUGUCUUUGUAGUUCAGUUUAGCCUGUCCGCUUAAUAUCGACAAGGGAACAUCCAAUCUCGGAGCGCGUACUUAGUUCCGUGGCCAGACCUCAGUACAACUUGGGUAUCUGGCCAUAAAAUAAUGACGAUCGUCGCUCCGAAAUGUUCCUCCGGGUUUAAGCUUCACAUACGCAUUGCAUGUAAGGCGGAACUCAUCAUCAGGAGCUAUGAAAGGAUUCGGCUUGAUUGUCAUCCCGCUAUGGUGGGCCAUUAGGGCCACCGCAGCUCCAUCACGGGUACUGGCGACACCACCGGCUGAAUUCACGCCGAAUACGAAGGUCGGCCCGGGAGGAAAGAAAUACAAGGACUCACCACAUUUCCGCGUCUAUGAUGCUACGACUGACGCAGUCGCUAACACUGUGCUUCAGACCCUUGAGUCAGCUUAUGAUUGCUUCAUAAAUGGCCAAGGAUGGCGUUCGACGGGCCUGUCAUUUAACCAGGACAAUGAUAACGGCCCCUGGUAUAAGAUGAACGUCUAUGAUGUUGCGAAUCUUGGAGCCAACACGGCCGCCAACACCGGAACGGACAGCGCUACCGGCCUGAGCUUCUUGAAUGUCGUAACUGAAUGGAUGAAUACGCCUUCGAUUACUGUCCACGAAUUCGGACAUGCCAUGACUUACGCCGAGAGGUAUUGGAUCAAUCAGGGUCGGACCGGAGCUUGGUGGGAGACUGUGGCUAAUUUCGUUGCGGAUACCUUCAUCACUUCUUCAAUCUGCGCGGACUCUAGAACGAAGUAUAACCAAGCUAGUGGUGACACGCUUAUCAACUUGAAGAAGGUCAUCGGUGAUUCGUUCCAAGUUAUCGUAGACGGAUCAAGUGGAACCGGCAAUUAUUAUGAAGCGUGGCCCUUCCUGACGUAUAUCACCAACAACCCGGACAAUUACGCCGGACUUGGAAUGGCGAAUUUCCCGAACGUGUGGAGGAAGUAUAAGCGGGACAGCAACGAGACGCCGCUGCAUAUCCUGGAUCAACUCGCAUCGCCAACGAAAAUUCAAACAGUUGUCGGUCGAUAUUGGGCUCGCAUGGCGUACGUCGAUAUCGGACACGAAAAGGCUCGGGCUCUAUUCGAGAAGCAGAGGAAGGAUAUAAACUAUGCCAAUUUGGACUCGCAGGGUGGGGGGAAGUAUAAGGUCAAGGCAGCUCGACAACCUCGUUAUAUGGGGGCGAACAUCAUACCAUUGAAGGCAACUGGGGCAUCUAUUAGCGUUACUGUGACGGCUACGGCGCCUUACACUGCUAGUCUAGCGAUAAAGGCGUCGAAUGGUGCGGUUAGGUAUGUCGAGGUUGCGGACAACAAGGCUCAAGCAACGUUGGCUAGCGGGGAGGAGGCAAGUUUGGUGGUUGUCAACACGCCGAACACACUUUAUUUGUAUGACCCCUUUUCGCUUACCAGUGAUGUGAGUCGUGGAUUGGAUUAUUCGAUUCAACUUACUGGUGCGAGCGCAUAGAUGUAUAUUUUCGAUACUGAUGUGGAGGGAAGUUGAAUAUAAUAUGUUUUCUUGGCCGAAAAAGAGAAUGAAAAGAGAA